AUGGAUUCCCAUGAUGCAAAGCCUCUCAUUAUCAACAAGGGAGCCCCGGGUAUCUCAUACUUCACACCCGCUCAAUCGCCUCCAUCAGGCUCAGCCAAGAAUCCUCAGUCUGAUGGCAGUCCAAUUCCCAAGCUCUUCCAACCUCUGACCAUUCGCGGAGUUACUUUCCAGAACCGAAUUUUUCUGUCGCCCCUGUGCCAGUAUUCCGCCCAGAAUGGCUAUCUGACUGACUGGCAUGUUACUCACCUUGGCGGCAUAAUUCAGCGAGGGCCUGGCCUCUCGUUUGUCGAAGCAACAGCAAUCACUCCCGAAGGUCGGAUCACCCCCGAAGACAGUGGGCUUUGGGAAGAUGGCCAAAUGGGGCCUUUGAAGAGGAUAGUCGAGUUUGCUCACAGCCAGAACCAGAAGAUCGGUAUCCAGCUGGGCCACGCCGGUCGCAAGGCCAGCACCGUUGCUCCUUGGCUGAGUCGGGGUGAUACUGCUCAGAAGGAAGCUGGCGGCUGGCCCACUGAGACGUUUGCCCCGAGCGCCAUUGCCUUCCAGGACACCUACCCUGAUCCUCAUGCUCUCACGCUGGAAGGCAUUCAAAGAAUCAAGAACGCCUUUGUGGACGCUGUCAAGAGAGCCGUCAAAGUUGGGUUCGACGUCAUCGAGAUUCACGGCGCCCAUGGCUAUCUCGUUCAUGAGUUCCUCAGCCCGGUCAGCAACAAGCGAACCGAUCAAUACGGCGGAUCCUUUGAGAACCGGACACGAUUGGCCCGGGAACUCGUCGAGGCCACACGGGCUGUCAUUCCCAAGGACAUGCCUCUCUUUUUCCGCAUCAGCGCCGAUGACUGGCUAAAGGGUCAAGACGAAUUCCCCGAGAGCUGGACCGUCGAGGAGACAGCCAAGCUGGCUCCAAUUUUGGCCGAGUUGGGUGUGGACCUUCUCGAUACCAGUUCAGGCGGCAUCCACCCUUCUCAACAGAUCAAAGGUGGACCAGGCUAUCAAGCUCCAUUUGCACUGGCGGUGAAGAAGGAGGUGGGUGAUUCUUUGCUUGUCGGAACUGUUGGGUCCAUCACAACCGGAACUCAGGCACAAGAACUUCUCGACCAAGGCCUGGACACCACUUUUGUUGGACGAUACUUCCAGAAGAACCCCGGCCUUGUUUGGACUUUCGCAGAGGACCUUGGUGUCGAGAUUCAUGUUGCAAAUCAGAUAUCGUGGGGCUUUCACGGCCGAGCGGGAGGUAUCAAAGGCAAGGAGGAGCACAAAUCGGCUCGGUAA